CCCUUGGCGCGCAUGCGUGCGAGGAGUGGAGGCCCCCCGCAAACCUCCAUGCCCCGGCGCAUGCGCGCGGUGCCCCGCGGGGCGGGGGCGGUCGGUGCCUCCCCGCUGGGGUGGCGGCGGCGGGAAGAUGGAGGCGGUGGCGCUCGGCGGGUCGGUGGUGCCAGGCGUCCUCGCCUUCCUCCUCCUCAUCCUCCUGCUGCUGCUGGCGGCCGCGCUGCGCCGCGCCGCCCCGCGGACAUCACCCGCCCCCCCACCGGACGGGCCCAGGGCGAACGGCGCCGCCGCCGCCAGGCCGGAGGAGUACAGGAAGGCGAAGCAGCCGUCGCGGGCCCGGAGGAACAAACCGCAGCAGCACGACUUCACCCACCGGCUGCUGGUCGCCGCCCUCAAGCAGCGGCAAGUACCUGGCGUCGUGCGGCAGCGACCGCACUGUCCGGCUGUGGAGCACCCGGGACUUCACGGCGCGGGAGCACCGCUGUCUGCGUGCCAACGUGGGGCUGGACCACGCCGAGCUUGUCCGCCUCAGCCCUGACUCGCGGGCGUUCAUUGUUUGGCUGGCAAAUGGCGAGACUGUGCGUGUCUAUAAAAUGACUAAGAAGGAUGACGGCAGUUUCACCUUCACUGCAACUUCUGGAGACUUCCCAAAGAAGCACAAGGCUCCUGUCAUUAACAUAGGAAUUGCAGAGACAGGAAAGUUUAUUAUGACAGCUUCCAGUGACACUACCAUCCUAAUCUGGAGCCCGAAGGGUGAAGUCCUGGCCAGCAUUAACACCAACCAGAUGAACAAUGCCUAUGCCACAGUGUCGCCCUGCGGAAGGUUUGUGGCGUCCUGUGGCUUUACCCCUGAUGUGAAGGUGUGGGAGGUGUGUUUUGGCAAGAAUGGAGACUUCCGGGAGGUGGCCAGGGCUUUUGAGCUGAAAGGCCACACCGCUGGUGUACAUUCCUUCUCCUUUUCUAAUGACUCGAGGAGGAUGGCGACUGUUUCCAAGGAUGGGACGUGGAAGUUCUGGGACACAGACGUGGAAUAUAAGAAGCAACAGGAUCCAUACCUGCUUCUGACGGUGAAGUGCGAGGUGACAGAGCCUUGUCGCAUCGCCCUGUCCCCCGACGCUCACGUUGUCGCCAUCUCUAGCGGCGCAGACAUUGUUGUGUACAACACGCGGAGAGGAGAGGAGGAGGAGCGCUUUCUCGGCGUGCACGGACAGUCCGUAACAGACUUGGCUUUUGACACCAACAGUCGUUACCUGGUGUCGGCUGGGGACCGUGCCAUCCGCGUCUUCCACAACACCGCUGGUCACCGGGCGGUGGUGGAGGAGAUGGAGACCAUGCUGAAAAAAACUGCGAAUAAAGCCACCCGGGAGAGGCUGGAGCAGCAGAUCUCCAGUGCCCGCAAAGCGCUGGCCGCCAUCUACGGCAAGAAGCACUAAUCCCCCCUGCAGUGCCGCCUCCUGGCUCCCUCAGCCACGUUCUGCCUUUUGGGGAUUUUUUUUUUAAUAACGCUAAAUAACUUGUAAUAAAUGAGUGCGCGAUGAGGUUUAGAAA